AUGGAGCAAGCUACUUACUACCUCUGCCUCUUCCUGGCUCUACUCCUCCCGCUCCUGCUCCUCAAGCUGAGCCGGAAGCGUGGCGGCGCCGUGCGUCUGCCGCCCGGCCCGUGGCGGCUGCCGGUCAUCGGCAGCCUGCACCACCUCGCGAGCAGCCCGCUCGCGCACCGCGUCAUGGCCGACCUCGCGCGCCGGCUGGACGCGCCGCUCAUGUACCUCAAGCUCGGCGAGGUCUCCGUCGUCGUGGCCUCGUCCCCGGAGGCCGCGCGCGAGGUCAUGAAGACGCACGACGUCGCCCUGGCGAGCCGGCCGUGGAACCCGACCAUCAAGAUCAUGAUGUCGGACGGGCAAGGGCUCGUCUUCGGCCGCUACGGCGCCCUCUGGCGGCAGCUCCGGAAGAUAUGCAUCCUGGAGCUGCUCAGCGCGCGCCGCGUGCAGUCGUUCCGCCAGAUCCGGGAGGACGAGGUCGGCCGCCUCGUGGCCGCCAUCGCGGCGACGCCGCCUGGCCAGCCCGUGAACGUCAGCGAGCGGAUCGCCGUGCUCAUCACCGACUCGGCUGUGCGCACCAUGAUCGGGGACAGGUUUGAGAGGAGGGAGGAGUUCCUGCAGGUCCUCGAGGAGGGGGUCAAGCUCGUCACCGGGUCCAGCCUCGGCGACCUGUUCCCGUCGUCGUGGCUUGCCAACUUCAUAAGCGGCACGGCGCGGAUGGCCGAGGAGGUCCACCGGAAGAGCUUCGAGCUCAUGGAGUAUGCCAUCAAGCAACACGAGGAAAAGAGGGCCGUGGGGGAUGGAGAGGACCUGGUGGACGUGCUCUUGAGGAUACAGAAGGAAGGUGGCCUCGAGGUGCCUCUCACCAUGGGAAUCAUCAAAGCAAGUAUCCUGGACCUCUUUAGUGCCGGGAGUGAGACGUCAGCAACGACACUUCAAUGGGCCAUGUCGGAGCUCAUGAGGUACCCAAACGUGAUGCAGAAAGCGCAAGCCGAAGUACGUGGUUACCUUGGAGAAAAGCCCACGGUGACCGAGGAUGACUUGGCCGACCUAAAAUACCUCAGACUCGUUAUCAAGGAGACCUUGAGGCUGCAUCCACCGGCCCCGUUGCUUAUUCCACGGGAGGCCAUGGAGUCCUGCAAAAUCCUUGGGUAUGACGUGCAAAAGGGCACAACCGUGCUUGUGAAUGCGUGGGCGAUUGGUAGGGACCCUAAGCACUGGGACAACCCCGAGGAAUUUAAGCCAGAGAGGUUCGAGUCUGGCAUCGUCGACUUCAAAGGCACGGACUUCGAGUACAUACCGUUUGGGGCAGGGAGAAGGAUGUGUCCUGGUAUGACAUUUGCACAGGCCAGCAUGGAGAUUGUUCUCGCUGCACUUCUCUACCACUUUGACUGGGAGCUCCCGGCGGGGCUGAAGUCAAGUGAGGUCGACAUGGUGGAGGACAUGGGCAUCACCGUCCGGAGGAAGAACGACUUGUACCUACACUCCGUCGUCCAUGUAUCGCCAGUUUGAUUUAUACUUCAAUAGUAGGUCACAAAUUCUCAUAUACCAGUCCUUUGUCUCUGACGCUGUCAAAUGUCGAGACUUAUGGUGUAAUGUUAAUUGCAUCAUCAGAAAUACCAUUGCAAGUUUACUAUCAAUAUAUACAUAAAUCCCAACA